GCGCCCAUCUUAAGCAGCCCAACCAAACGGGAGGCCCAGCUUAAGCAGCGCAACCCACGGGCGGCACAUCUUAAGCAGCCCAACCCACGGGCCUCCCAGCUUAAGCAGCCCAGCCCACGGGCGGCCCAAAUCUUCCCCUUCAAUUCCAAAUCGCAAUAUAGUCUUCUGUUUCGUUACAACUUCCCAUCCAAAUCCCUUGCGAACUUCGAUUUACUAAACCCUAAUAAAAGAAUGAUUAGCCGCCUUUUUUGGUUGAAGAGAGCUGUUACCACCGUUGGUGUUGGUCUCGUGUCAGUUCUUAGUGCCUCCGUGUACACUGUACGUGAAGGUGAACGAGCUGUAAUCUUUGAUCGGUUUCAAGGUCGAAUAAACGAAAAGACUGUCGGGGAAGGAAAACACUUUUUGCUUCCAUGGGUUCAGCAAGCUUUCAUUGUAGACAUCACUACACGACCUCAGGAACUCACUUUCCAAUGUCGAACAAAACACUUCCAGCCAGUUACCGUCACCGUAAGGACUCUUUCUCGCCCAGAUAUCACUCAGCUGUCAUCAAUGGUCAGUAGUUUGGGUAACAAUCAUGCUGAUGAGGUAAUCAAAUCAAUCUUACUUGAGGUUCUGAAUUAUGUCAUCUCUAAAUCCACUGCGGAAAAUUUUUCGAUCGACCUGCCAGUGAUCUCUUCUUCAAUCCGCGAGAUCCUGUCAAAACGAGCCAAACAAUUUGGCGUUGUUCUGGAAGACUUUUGUAUCACAUCCUUCAAAUUCAGCAGGGAAUUUUCUGACUCUGUGGAGCGAAAGCAAGUUGCCUUCCAAGAUUAUGAGACUGCUAAGAUCUGGACGCUUAUAGCCGAACAACAAGUCAAGAUUGGACUUAUUUGGGCAGAUGCUGAGGCCAAGCGAAGCAAUCAUCAAAAUGGUGGUCGGGGACAAUUCUAGAUAGAAAAAUUAGUUUGUUCUCGCAGGUGGACAAUUCUAGAUAGAAAAAUUAGUUUGUUCUCGCACGUGUAACGUUGUCAUCUUGACACUCUCAAGAUCUUUUAUUUUUAUCUUAGAAGUCUAUUCAACUUCUUAUAUCAA